AUGGCGCUGCCGGGGCUGCUGCUCGUGGCGGCGGCGGCGGCGGCGCUGAGCCGGCCCGCCGCGCCCUGCCCCUUCCAGUGCUACUGCUUCGGCAGCCCGCGGCUGCGGCUGCGCUGCGCGUCGGGCGCGGAGCUCCGGCAGCCGCCGCGGGACGUGCCGCCCGACGCGCGCAACCUCACCAUCGUGGGCGCCAACCUGACGGUGCUGCGCGCGGCCGCCUUCGCCGGCGGGGACGCGGGGCGCCUGCCGCUGCUCUCGGCGCUGCGCCUCACGCACAACCACAUCGAGGUGGUGGAGGACGGCGCCUUCGACGGGCUGCCCAGCCUGGCGGCGCUCGACCUGAGCCACAACCCGCUGCGCGCCCUGGGCGGCGGCGCCUUCCGCGGGCUGCCGGGGCUGCGCUCGCUGCAGCUCAACCACGCGCUGGCGCGGGGCGGGCCCGCGCUGCUGGGCGCGCUGGACGCCGCGCUGGCGCCGCUGGCCGAGCUGCACCGGCUGGGCCUGGCGGGCAACGCGCUGCGCCGCCUGCCGCCCGCCGCGCUGCGCCUGCCGCGCCUGCGCCAGCUGGACGCGCGCCUCAACGCCCUGCCGGGCCUGGGCCCCGACGAGCUGCGCGCGCUCGACCGCGGCGGCGGCGGCGACGGCGACGGCGGCGCGCCGGGCCCGCGCCUGCUGCUCGCCGACAACCCGCUGCGCUGCGGCUGCGCCGCGCGCGCCCUGCUGGCCUGGCUGCGCAACGCCACGGAGCGCGCGCCCGACGCCCGCCGCCUGCGCUGCGCCGCCCCGCGCGCGCUGCUCGACCGGCCGCUGCUGGGCCUGGACGCGGCGAGCCUGCGCUGCGCCGACGGCGAGGGCGCGGACGCGGCGGCGGCGGCGGCGGGGGGCGCGCCGGGCCCCGAGCUGGAGGCCUCGUACGUGUUCUUCGGGCUGGUGUUGGCCCUCAUCGGCCUCAUCUUCCUCAUGGUGCUCUACCUGAACCGCCGCGGCAUCCAGCGCUGGCUGCGCAACCUGCGCGAGGCCUGCCGGGACCAGAUGGAGGGCUACCACUACCGCUACGAGCAGGACGCCGACCCGCGCCGCGCGCCCGCGCCGCCCGCCGCGCGCGCCGCCUCCCCGGCCUCGGGCCUCUGA